AUGACGGGUUUGCGAGCAAGUUGUAGUUUUCAAAAACCGCGCUCGCGAUUUUUCAACUUAGACAUGGCUAAAACCACCCCAAAACGGCAUAUCAGACAUAGUCCCAAUACGGGUUUGGUGCUGAAGGUGCAGCAGGAAACUGAGUUUUUGGUGAAAUCUUCUACACCAUUUAUAGCUGCUGUCAAACGAAUAAGCAAGAAACUUGAGAAAUUCGAUAAAUCUAAUGUGUCCCACAAAAAGUAUCAGCGAGGUGAAUAUCUUAAAGUCAAGUAUAUUUGCGUCAAGGGAAUGGGAAGAGCCAUCGAAAAGACCAUAUCUAUAGGCUUGAUGUUCAAAAAUGACAUGAAUUACCACGUAGAGAUAACUACUGGAGGCACUCUGGUGCUCGAUGAGUUCCGACCACAAGACUCUGACGAAGAAAACGACGACGAGAUAACUUUUCAGAAACGAAUGGUGAGUUACGUGGAAGUACGCAUCUUUCUUAAACGGGCAUGA